CUGGAAUCGCGAAUAUGAUGGAAGCGAUAAACUUGGCUGGCUCGGACAACAACCAAAGAAAGCAACACCUCCCCCCCAUCUCUCCCUCACCCUCUCCGUCUCCUCUUCCUCAACCCUCAGCACCCCACGCCACCGCAAAAACCCCUCUACCCCGCUCCGGGCAGCUGGCGUUGUGCGAUACUCCGAAGCAGACGAAAAGCGACUCAGAUCCGUCCAAAUCCAUCGGCUUGCGGCAACGACAUUCACAACUUGUCGCGGUCCGCAAGCCCUUCUUACUCGUUCUUCAACUCGGUGACCCGGCAACAUUCGAAAUAAAGCUUGAUGCCAUGGCAGAAUCCUCGUUAACCUUCUCUGCGAUUCUGAGCAAGUAUGCCCCAACGGGAGGAGGCAGUGGCGCCGCGACGACUGCGCCUGCACCAAAGCGACCGGUUCCCUCGUCCACCUCCGCUUCCGCUUCCAGUGCUGCCGGCAGGGCGCCACCUCCGCAACCUCGAACAACUGCGGUUGAGUCACGACCUUCGCGAGCCCCCGCGUCCACCGGAGUGAUCCGCGACCGACUGGCUUCAACGUCCAUCAGCAACAGCGCGAGCGCAGCCAGAGCAGGUACGAAUGGUAGCACCGCCCCGAAGACCGGCACGAACGGCGCCGGCAUCGGUUCGUCCACCGCGAGAACAGGCGACAAUGGAGUCAAGAAACGCAAGCUUGACAGUAUUGCCGAUAGUCGACCAGCGACCGAGACCGACAAACAAAGGGAGGAACGUCGGAGAUUGUUGCUCGAGAAGAUGAGGCAGAAAAAGGGGAAUGAAACUGCCGGCACUGGAGCUACUGCAAGGACCGGCUCUUCUGCCCCUGUUGUAAGGGCGGGUACUAUGCCCGCAGCGAAGACGGGUUAUGCGCCACCACAGAAGAGCGCCACUUUCUCUGGAAGCACAGGAUCAUCCAGGCCAUCAUCAACCAUGGCGCCUAGAGACAGACCUUCUGCAGUAACCAGCGGUAGCAACGGUAGCGGAGCCAAAGUGGGAGAGAAGAAGUUGUCAUACAAGGAGUUACUUGCCAAAGCCGCCGAAUUACAUCAGGAAAAGAAGGCUCCAGGUAUCAUCACUCACAAGCCACGUGCACCGGUUGUGGAGAAAAAGCAAUGGCAGAAGAAACUCGAAGCCCGGAACCAGGCAACUAACAACAGCGGCUUGGUUCCAAACAGAAAGAGCAAGAGUCCAGGAGUCUUGCCUACUGCUGAGAAGAGCACUUUGGCCAAGAAACCGCUCGGUAAAGAUUCAAAGGCGUCACUAUCCAAGAAAUCCGAGCCCGACAGCCGACGUUCUUCAAUUGCCAAAGGCAGAGGAGCCAUGGACAAGGCUCGCCCCGCCACCGAACCCGUCAAGAGGAAACGUUCUCCUUCUCCGAUCAGUUGGAGGGGCAAGAAUGCAUCCGCUCCCGUCAAGAAACCCGCCAAGUCCCGCAGAAGCCGAUACGACGAGGACGAGGACGAGGACGAUGACUGGAUUGUCGACGAUGACGAGGAUGAGGGUGCAGGCGGAUACGGUGCUCGUCAACGGUACCGUUACGCCGAAUCCGACUACGAGUCUGACAGCGACAUGGAAGCUGCCGGAAAUGACAUCUUGGAGGAGGAAGAGCGCGCCCGGCGUCACGCCAUCAAGGAAGACAUCGAGCAGGAGCGCCUCGAGAAGGAGCUCAACGCGCGGAAACUGGCCACCAAGAAGAAGCUGGGCAAGAAGUAGAUGACCCGGAUUGGAAAAUCUACUUCUUGAUCGACCGAAUCCAUUCAACUUCCAUUUCGGCGAAGUUGUGCGACUUCCAUUUCUGCAAAGCCGUGGGAUUCUUUCUUUCUUCGGGGAAUUCUUGUUUUCCCAUGUCUCUUUUACUUGUUUCUUUUUUUCCUUCUACCUGCUACCUAUCCGUCAUUAGACUGAUUUACCACAUCUUCUUUUGUGUUUUCUUUUCGUUAUGGCCGUCUUUUUAUUUCAUUUGUAGGGGUUUGUGGAGUUCGGAGAAGACGUAUCGCAUCAUCAACAAUCUGCGCGACUGGUCCCUGUUCCCUUGCUUGAGCUAUUAUGUUUUAUUUGGGCGUACCUAUUCUUUUCGAGGCGGGAAGGGGGGGG